AUGUCUACCGAGUCACGCCCCCAUGUCAUACUCUGGGGUGUCGCCAAGCCACCUAAUGCACCCAGCUCAUCUGGUUUCUGCCAAAAGCUGGAAGCAUUCCUCAGAUUUAGUGGGAUAUCAUAUGAAGUGGGCGAGACAGUUCCAAUGAAAGCUCCCAAGGGCAAAGUUCCCUUCGCCGACAUCAAGCAUGGCGGGAAAACCGUUACUAUCGCAGAUUCCCAUUUCAUCGUCCGCUAUCUCGUCGAGAACGGACUCAUCCAAGAUCCAAACACCGACUUGACUGCGAUUCAGAAGGGCGAGUCGAGAGCAUGGCAGGCGUAUAUCGAAGAACUGCUAUACUCUGCGAUUGUUCGAGACCGGUGGUACUUGGACGAAAACUACGCAGUGACUGUCGAGGAGAUAUUUGGGGGCAUGAGCUGGCCCUUGCGGCCGAUGAUAUCCUGGUUUUUUAGGAGGAAGGUGAAACAGUCGAUUUGGAAUGCUGGAAUGGGGCGUCAUUCUCAGGAAGAAGCUCAGUCUUUGCAAAAAGAGGCUUUCGAGGCUCUCGAAGCAAGGAUGUCGGGCCACUUGUACUUCCACGACAGCCAGCAACCGACUCGCAUUGAUCUCAUAAUCUAUGGUUUCCUCGCCAAUACACUUGCAACUAACGGGAACCCUUACUGGACAGAUAUGGUGCUCAGGAGUUCUACCCUCCUGGCAUUCACGAAGAGGAUGACGACCUUGCUCUUCCCCGAAUAUGAGCUCCUUCUGCAUCGCAUUGAAGAAGCCGAGGUUCUGAAGUAG